CAUAUGCGUGUGCGUGUGUUGGGGGGAGACAUCCAUCCCCCUUUGGCUGAUUUUGAGUCUGGUUAGACACCUCGCACUGGUGAAUGAUGCUGUAGUGUAUGCAGGAGUCACCGGUGAAUGUAAAGAUCUGUGCAUUCACAGAAACGCACAGACAGCAGAACAGACGCGAUUCAGCAUCGCCAGAAAAGAGACCCCAGUUGCGCGGCGUGGAUGAGGAUGCUCGCCAUUAUCAAGCAUCUUUUAAACCAUUCAAGGAUGCUUUCAUCAAAGAGACACGUGCAUGUGAUAUUUCUGUCGGUUUAAAUCAUUUAAUCGGACGCAGACGUGCGUCGCAACGCAGGACCGCUCGUUUGGAUCCGUGCCACCACGGUUGUCUGUCUCCAUCCGUCGCCCGUUCACCCAACCACACCUUUCUGUUAUAUUAUCACUCAGUAACGGCAGAUCCCGCACCGGAUCCCGUCGCGUGUGACCGAAAGGGACAUUGUGCCUGCGUGAGCGGGUGGAUGAACGCGGAUCCACUGCGCUAUAGACGCCCGGUGCGCACCAGACGCCCGUGUCGGACAGAUGCGCGUGUGAACGGGAGGAGGAAUUUUAUUCGCCCGGAGGCGCGCGCGUCUUUGUCCCGCAUCCUGCGCCAGGAACAAACGCAUCACCUUGAGGAUUUAAACGCACCGACGUCCAGCUUACCAGCCCCGGUGUGUUGCUGCCAUGGCAACCAUGACUGCCUCCUUAUGGAUCUUUGCUGUUUUCCAAUUGGCUGCCUGCUCGUUUCCUGAGGAACCCGGUCCUUUAAUCUCCGCCCCUGCUGAGGUGGUGAAACGGUAUCCAGUGUUUGUGGGUCGAGCCCAUCGCUCGUAUACCCGUCAGGAGCCGCUCUACAUUCAAACCGUCCUAAAGGUCAACCGCACACUUUACAUCGGAGCCCGAGAUGACCUUUAUCGAGUAGAACUGGACCACGUGUCUGGAGAUGAGAUGUUUUACAGCAAGAAAAGGACGUGGGAAUCCAAUAAGAACGACAUCCGGAUCUGUCGAAUGAAGGGAAAACAUGAGGAGGAGUGUCGUAAUUACAUUAAGGUGCUGUUGAGUCAUGAUGGAGGGCUGUUUGUGUGUGGGACAAACGCAUUCAACCCGCUCUGCGCCAAUUACACGAAAGACACUCUUGAAUUGGUCGGAGAGCCCAUCGUUGGAAUGGCACGAUGUCCUUAUGACCCGAAACAUGCAAAUGUGGCCCUGUUCGCCGAGGGCAGUUUGUUUACAGGGACAGUGACGGACUUCCUGGCUAUUGAUGCUGUCAUUUACCGCAGUCUUGGAGGGAGUCCGGCCCUGCGUACCAUCAAACACGAUUCAAAGUGGUUCAGAGAGCCAUAUUUUGUAAGCGCCGUUGAAUGGGGUUCUCAUAUCUACUUCUUCUUCAGAGAAAUGGCCAUGGAGUUCAACUACCUGGAGAAGGUAAUGGUGUCCCGAGUGGCACGUGUGUGUAAAGACGAUCUUGGCGGCUCUCAGCGCGUGUUGGAAAAGCAGUGGACGUCGUUUCUCAAGGCACGUUUGAACUGCUCGAUCCCCGGAGACUCGCACUUUUAUUUCAACCUGCUACAGUCCACCAGUCCCAUCAUACGCAUGCAGGGAAGAGACGUCAUACUGGGGGUCUUCUCUACACCAUCAAACAGCAUCCCCGGCUCGGCGGUGUGCGCGUUCGACAUGGAGCAGCUGGCACGAGUGUUUGAAGGACGAUUCAAAGAGCAGAAAUCACCAGAAUCCAUAUGGACACCAGUACCUGAUGAACUGGUACCUAAACCCAGGCCUGGAGGUUGUGCUAUCCAGGGUUCAAGGUUCAGCUCCUCAAACACUCUUCCAGAUGAAGUGUUAAAUUUCAUCAAGACUCAUCCUCUUAUGGACGAGGCGGUUCCUUUGCUGGGACACAGCCCUUGGAUAGUCAAGACCAUGGUCAGGUAUCAGUUAAACACUAUGGUGGUGGACACUGAGGCGGGCCCUCACCGGAACCGGACUGUGGUGUUUCUUGGAUCCACCAGGGGAACCGUACUUAAGUUCCUCAUUACUCCCAGCUCAGAGAUCCCAUACUCCAAUGAUAACAUCUUUCUGGAAGAACUGGAGGGAUACAACGCGGAGAGGUGCGGUGAUGACUCCAUACAGGCACGUCAGCCUCUCUCUCUGACCCUUGAUAAACCCAGUCACACACUCCUACUGGUCUUUCACUCUUGUGUGGUGAGGGUUCCCGUCGCACGCUGUCAACUCCACUCCAGAUGUAUGAAAAACUGCAUUGCAUCCAGAGAUCCAUACUGCGGCUGGACCCGAGGAAGCACCUGCUCGCUCCUGAGGCCUGGCACCAGAUUACCUUUCGUGCAGGAUAUUGAAUAUGGAAACAUCUCGCACCUCGGGGACUGUGAUGGACUUUUACGUGAGAGUUUCAUGGAUGAACCUGAAAGCCUUGUUACUUUGAACCUGUUGGUUAUCGCCGCAGUAUCCGCCUUCUCCACCGGGGCAGCGCUCUCAGGCCUGGCCGUGUGCUGGAUCAUGGGACAGAAACACCGUCAUCGUUCGCACAGCAACACACCGUCCUCUAGCAGUCAGCGGAAGAGUGAGAAGGAGCGUUGCAUGAUAGGACAAAACAGGAGCGGCUCUGUGAUGAGUGUAUCGCGGCACAGCACCACAGACCGUCCGCGGUCGCAAGGCGAGACUCUCUUCGUCAUGCCCAACGGUUGGGUUAAAGCGGGCGACCUGGAUCCGGGUCUACUGCCCACGCCUGAGCAGACGCCCUUGCAGCAGAAACGCGGGUUACGCCUCUCUGACUCCGGAUCCAGCUGGGAUCAAAGUCAGACCUUCUUGAGUUCGGUGGGCACCCAGUGCCCGCCACCCCCCUCCACCCUCUACCUCAGCUCUAAGCUCCUACAGGGCACCGGGCGACGACACGAGGAGGCCAUCGAGACCGGCAUUGACCGUCAACGCUACGUUUCCAUCUCCAAAUACCGUGAUCAAGGCAUUCGCCCGGGCACUCUCCUUCGCAAGUCAGCGGGCGAAUACAACUACCCCAUGACUCCUCAGGACUCCCCCGACCGACGGAGGGUGGUAUCAGCCCCCAGCACCCAGGUUGAGUACAGCGGCGAGCCUCUUCGUUGGACCCACGAAGGAUACAUCUUCAGCAGUCAUGGUUUGCCACCAACGGGCCACCACCAUUACACCCCGACUUCGCAGCAUCCUGCGGGGCUGACGCGCUCUGUGAUGCACGGGUCACGGGGGUUUAUCGACCUGGCAGAUUUCAACCAUUUGCUCGGUAAGGGAGGCAGCGAUCGGACGCCCACCGGCCAGUGAAUGAAGAGAAGGGAGGUCGUGAGAAUUGAAGGAAUUGAAGAAAUGUGAAAAGCUAAAUUCACAUGUCGACCGCAGAGCUGAUGCAGGGCAGGCCAAUCACAGCGGCUCUUUGUCUCUCUCUUCUCACUUUCUUUCUUCACCUGCUUGUCAUCCUGUUUUUAUCUGAGCUCAUUUGUCCAGAGCUGCCGCUAUAUAAGUCACAUUGCAUAAGGACGGACUAAACGGACCUUGCUGACAAAGAGAAGAGCAAAGAGACCCUCUCUCUUUCUCUCACAGCUCUAUGUAGGCACGCUGCAUUCAGAGAUAAGCUGUCUGACUACGAUUGCAGUUGACCGAACGUUAUUGUGUAUUUAUCAGACCUGAGAUGUCACUUUCAGCAGAUUUAUUUAUUUGCACAGAUUCGGAUUUGCAGGAUUGUUGAUUCACGCAUACAGUGAACAGAAGACCGUUGCCGAUUCUUAUGUCGGCACUGCUGUAUCUUGACGUUGUAACGGGCGGUUCACAUUUAGCUUUUUUUGUUCGAGCAAAUACUUUUAUUUCGAAUGUAGAUGCGUGGCAAGCACGCUCAAAUAGAGAGUGACACGGUUGCGACACGCACUCAGUGCAACAUGCUCUUUUUUCCAGGCGUGGCAGCCAGUUGAAAUACUUCAACUUUUCAAAAUGACUGUCGGAAAGAAGGAGGAAAGCGGCACGGUCACGUUUUCCGCUUGAAAGAUGCUGUUUGAUGGAUUUUGCUAGGUCAGAUGCUUUCCCGUAAUCCAAGAAAAAUCUAAAUAACACCCUCUGAGGAUCUGCUGUUGCCCCUCAAAUAUAUACUUUCUAAAUAACGCAAUUUAGUUGAAUGAGAUAGCAAAAUUAUUUGGCAAGUUAUGUUAUAAAUAGCAAAACGCACACAUUUCAACCCUGAUACAAACACUAAUGUAUGAUGUAGCUACUGUCCAUUUGCCCCUAUUCUUCUCUCUGUCUCAUGCACUGAGGACUUUACUGCAGUAUUACCUCAGCCCCAAAUACAUUAAAAUGAAUGACAAGAGAGAGACAGAGAGAGAGAGAGGGGGGGGGGGUUAUUGAUCAGACAUUUCAUGGUCUCAGCCACAUGAAUUGCUGUGUAGCUCUGUGUUUUAUCAGAGAAAUAAGGAGCUCUGAGAACUUACAAACAUGCUGGAAUCUAAAUCUUUUUUGCCUGUUUGUUUUAUUUCUUCCUUUUUUGUACAGUGAAUUUUUUACACUACACGAUAGCCUACGGGAUGGAGCACAUUUGUAGAUGUUUCACAGAAAGACACAAUGAGGGUAACAGAAAGAAAGAGAUCAACUCCUAAUGAGUCAUACACACCAAACGCUAAUUCAACAAUAUGCGCGAGUAGAUUACAUACAAAGUCAAUGCAAAGACGCGAAUUGACACAAAUUUUCACGGGGUGACGUAAACUGUGUGGAGCGAUUGCCACAAAAAUGCGCCUUUUGUGAAAAAUGAAAAAUUCACAUGACACAAAGUUAAAUCCUGCGAGGAAUCUCUAGAUUACUCGCUGGUUUUAACUUCGUGUUAGUGAUGGGGACGAGACCGCCGAGUCCGAGUCAAGACAGAGUCUUUGAGGAAGCAUGACUGAGUCGAGACCAAGUCUUUAGGAGUCGAGACCAAGACCAUAAAAACAUGUCAGUUUUCAUAUUCGUGAUUUAAUAUCACCCCAGUUAAUAAUCAGUCUUAACGUCUUAACUCCCUGGGGUCCAAAAAUGUGGCGCCGCUUCUUGACGUGUUUUCUCCUUAUCAUAUGAAAUUACAAGUCCUUCUCUUCCCACUGUGGUCCGAGGCCGGGUCAAGACAGAGUCUGUAAAGGAACAAGUCCGAGACGAGUCCAAGAAAACAAAAAUCAGUCUCAAGUCCGAGACCAGACUCGAGUACUAAAUCACUACUUCGUGUCUUGCAAAUUUUUCACUUGAGUUGAAUAUUUUCAAUUUGCACGAAGAUGCGUUUGAUGCGAAUAGUGUGUGUUUGCGCGGAAAUCACGCCGCCCCUGUUUGAGUUUGCGUCUAUUCGCAUCUUUGCAUUGACUUGUAUGUAAUCUAAUUGCGCAAAUUGUUGAUUUCGUGUUUGAUGUAGGGAUUCCUAAACUCUUCCGUGCCAUUCUUUCCUAUUUGAAGAUGCUAAAUAUGUUUGACUAUUCUGUAUCUGGACUCUACAUGAGAGAAAGAAAAUGAGAAAGAGAUGCGGAUGAGAGAACUGAAAGACAAUGAAGUCAUGUGACUUGGUUCAGCGGAUGAGCACCUGUCAUUGGUUGUGUGUGUCUGUAACCAAUCAUUUUGCUCUUCAUAUAUAUAUAUAUAUAUUCCAUUUCCAUACAUUUUUAUUUGAUGUGAUUUGGUUAAAUCCCAUAAAACCCAUUGUGGUACAAGUGUAUCCUCCUUGUGUAAAAAUAUCCUCUGUUUAUUUCAAAGUUUAACAUCAUCAAUGUGUUGAAAUGGGGCCUAAUACUGCAUCUAUAUGGAUGGAUCAUGUCCCGCCCAUCUCCACAUAGAUCUGUUAUUAAAUGGUUAAUAGUAUCAGUCUGUAAGACAUUGAAAGCAGAUGUCUGAUUAGAUGGCUGGCCACACACACACACUCGAGUACACAGGAAUGCACUUAAUAACGGUGCACCUGUAACAUGUUGUUUAUUAAAAGCACAUGCUUGAAUGUGCUUUAAAUGCGACACGCAUCACUUAACCAUAGGCUUCAAUCCAGAGAUCGCGCACUCGACAAACACUCACGCUUGCAGUUGUGCGCAACGGUUGGUUGAACAAUGAUUAGCUCAUAAAUCCAGAUGAAAGGAGAGUCCUGCCCAUGUGUGUUCUGAUGAGUGUGUGUUUAUGUAUUUACAUCUCCUCUUCAGCAAUGCAGACACACCACGCAGGAAAUCUGAUCCAGAACACAGGAUUUGAUUCCACGAGACAGGAAAUGCAAGUAUAUAGCCGUUUGCCUGUAGCUCAAGGGCAAGUCAUCAGAUUUAGGAAGUAAGAAAUGCCAAUAGAUGCUAAUGUGAACUCCAUAUGUGGAGAAAGAAAAACAUGCAUCAUCAUGUCAUGCUAAGCAACCUUAAAUGAAUUGUGCCAUAUGUGUGUAGUGUACAAUAUUGUGGAAAAGUCUUUUAGGCCACCACCAUUUUAUUUUUAUUUUUUUGCAAGUUUCAAUGUCCAUCCAUAUUUAUUUUUCGCUCUUUUUAUUAAGAUACAAAAGGAAAAAACAGGAAAUAUGUGCAGAAAUUUUCAAAAUAAUAUAAUGCAUAGUUCAGGUAAAAUUCAGUAUUUAUCUCUAUGGUGCAAAGCACAUUUUGAACUUUUUUUGAGGAGAAUCAAGUCAUUGAAUAAAAAUUAGGAUUUCAUUUCAUUUAUAUUUAAUUAUUCCUCGCUCUAGAUUAUUCGCUGGAUUGAAUUUUUUGUCAUGCGAAGACGUGUUUGAGGCAAUAUAAAUAUUGCGUGUUUUCAUGCUCAAUCGCCCACCCAAUUCUCGUUGUUCGCAUUGCCCCGCGAGGGUUCGCGUCUGUUUGAGUCUUUGCUUUGACUUUGUAUGUAAUCUAAAACUACUCAUGUUUGUGUGUACACCCCAUAAUGCUACGUACACACCAAACACAGGUCAUCGCGUUACUUGCUCUAGAUUACUUGUGGGAUUUUACUUCGUGUCAUGCAAAUUUUUCGCUCGAGUUGAAUAUUUUCAACUUGGGCGAAGACGCGGUUGAGGCGAAUAGCGCGUGUUUUUGCGGCAAACGCGUCAUUCACAUCGCCCCAUGCAAGGACGCUUCUGAUCGCAUCUUUGCAUUGACUUUGUAUGUAAUCUACUUGCGCAAAUCCUUGAACUCGCAUCUGGUGUAAACCCACAGUUAUGCUACGUACACACCAAACGUGGGUCAUCGCGUUACUCGCUCUAGAUUACUCGCAGGAUUUAACUUCGUGUCAUGGGAAUUUUUCGCUCGAGUUGAAUAUUUUUAACUUGAGCGAAGCCGCGUUUUUUCGUGGCAAACGCGCCAACCAUAUCGCGUCAAUUGCAUCACCCCAUGCAAGUACGCUUCUGAUCUUAUCUUUGCAUUAACUUUGUAUGUAAUCUACUCACGCACAUCGUUGAACUUGCAUCUGGUGUGAACCCACAGUUAGAGGUCCUGCAGGUUUCUGCCAUUUAAUUUUUUGAGAUCACAUAAAAUACUUCACACUUUAGCUAAUAAUUUUAUUCAGUUUUUUAAAUACAUUUCCUGUAUUUUCAGGUUGUAUUUUAAUAAAGAGAGUGAGAAAUAAUUAUAUAUGGGCACAAUAUAUAAUGGUGGAAUAUAAUGGCUGCCUAUACGACAGUAUUUUAGUUCCACCUAGAAAAAAUAAAAAUAAUUAAAAUUUUGAGAAUAAAGUCAAAACAUUUUGAGAAUAAAGUCAAAACAUUUUUAUAAUAAAGUCAAAACCUUUGAGAAUAAAGUAAAAAAAAAUUAUAAUAAAGUCAAAAUUAUGAGAAUUGCUGCAGCGGAUUUUUACUAUAACUUCACGUUGAUGUGCUAAAAGAUCGAGGAUUUAUUUAUUGCUGAAUCCCAAAGGAUUUAAUUAAAUCAUCCACAUCCAUGUCUAACAGAAGCUUCAACAACGUUGUUUCCUGCUAUUUUUGUAACACUUAAAAUAUAUUACGAGUUUGUUCUCAAAAUAUUUUGACUUUAUUCUUCGAAUGUUUUUACUUUCUUUUGAUAAUUAUGACUUUAUUUUUUAAACGUUUCAACUUUAUUCUCGUAAUUUUCUUUUUUUUAAGUGGCACUAAAACGCCUCCAUAGGCCUAGGACGUUUGCACAGUGCUGUAUUUAUUUGCCAAAUAACAGUAAAUGAAGUUUGUUAAUAUUUUACUAAGAGACCAAAAUAUUAAAUAGUGUAGGGUGAUAUUUUUUAAGAUUCUUCGAAGCCCAUGACCUUAGUCAAUAGACACUAUUUUUAUUAUUCACUUGCAUUGUCAUGCAUUCAUUCUGCAUCAUUUUUCUUUCGGGCCUGAAGAAACACCACACAAACUGCCUUCAAUUAAAAGACACAAUCGUUCACAGAUCCUAAAGAUUUCAGUGCCCAAAGUUUCCAUUAUGUUAGCAGGAAAUCUCUCUUUGUGAAUUAAAGUCAUUUUAAAUUUCCAUUGCUUUGCACCUCACAACAUUUCUGUCGUUUUUUCUGUAUUCUCAUUGGCAUUGAUUGACAGUGAUUUUCACGCAGUGUCUUAAUUGUUAAUUCUGCUCUAUUGUUGUCAAAGGAAAGUGUUGAAUGUGUUGUGAAUAUAAUCCAACAAUCUUUACCCAUAAGCACUUGCUGUUACAACAGAGAGGUCUUUAUCUUUGGCCGCGUUGCAUGGAGCACAAUAUUGUACAGCAAUGAAGGCCAGAUGAAUUUUUGCAUUUCCACAAAUGAUCACGUUUAUGGGUUUUCACAGACUCUGCGGAACGAAGAAGGAUUUUUGAUCUCUUGAAAUUGGACUAAAUACUCUGACGGACCUUUACUCAGCUGCUCUGUACAUAGCUGAAACACUGAGUUUAACCCCACCACCGGCGAUGAUGUAAUGUCCCUGUGUAUAGAAAAUUGAGGGACGUAUACAGUGAAAAUCGUUUCUUUGUUUGUGGGUUGGUUUUUAAAUAAUCACACAUGUAUAGAGGUACACAACUAAACACCUGGUAUCGCAAAUGUACAAGACACACGACAAUACUGGAGCACACACUUAUUUUCAGACGUCAGUCGACAUGAAUAUUUUAUCAUUCUAAUAAACAUGAUAGAUUGUUUGA